GGUAAUGCAGGUGAACUACAACAUCCUUGGGGAUCACCACACGUGGUGAAACGCAUUAAUGAUACUUGCCAGUCGGUUUCGAUCUGAAUAUUGAAUUAGGAAGCUCUGAAGAAACAAAUCCUCCGUACUUGCGCUGAAAGCUCAUAAACUGCAAGGUACAGGUAAAAGGCCGCGAAUGCUAACAUUGGAGCUUCUCGUCAACUGACAUUCUAGCCAAUGAAACCUUCCAAUUCGAGCUUCCAGAUUUCUUAUUUUGCUCAGACGGGAGAACAGACGGGAGAACAGACGGGAGAAUAUAGCCGCAAAGAUGAAGCGUUCAUUAAAGCGCACUGCGGUACGACGUGCUAUGGCGGGACAAGACAGUUAUAAAUAUGAGCCUCUGCCCUCGUCAGGAGAUGAAUCAGAUCCAGUUACUAGCACAGAGUCGGAUGAUAUUCUCGAGAGUCUUGAGCAACAUCUGAGAAGGUUCAAGAAGCGAUCAAGGAGAAAAGUCAUCAACAUGGGUGUCGCAGCAGCUGUGGUACUGGGAUUUGUCUAUUGGGCAGCAGUAGGCUUUGGGCUACCUACCAACUCAUCAUGUGAUACUAUCAAUGCUGGAUACUAUUGUCAACCAGAGAUCUCACAUUUUUGGGGCCAAUAUUCUCCAUAUUUUUCAGUUCCCUCAGAGAUUAGUGCCGCAGUCCCUGAUCAAUGUGAAAUAUCAUUUGCCCAAAUCUUGUCUCGUCAUGGAGCACGAGAUCCUACAGCUGGCAAGACAGCAACAUACACGGCUCUCAUUGGGAGAAUUCAAAAUACUACCACUUCCUAUGGAGCAGAUUAUAAGUUCAUCAAGGACUAUAAAUAUUCCCUAGGAUCCGAUCAGCUUAGCGUUUUUGGACAACAGGAACUCAUCAACUCUGGGAUCAAGUACUAUAAUCGAUACAAGUCCCUAGCUUCAUCCAUUACUCCCUUUAUUCGUUCUUCGGGUCAAGACCGUGUUGUUGAGUCUGCUCAAAAUUGGACGCAAGGGUUCAAUUCGGCUCGUUUAGCAGAUUCGUCAUCCACAGCGAAUGCUAGCUACCCAUUCAACAUCGUUAUUAUCAGCGAAGAUAAAGGAAGCAACAACACUCUCGACCAUGGUAUCUGUACUGUUUUCGAGGAUGGGCCUGACUCCAACAUCGGAGACUCUGCUCAAACGACGUGGGCAUCAAUCUUCACACCAAACAUCACAUCCCGUCUUAAUUCAAAUUUACCCGGUGUCAAUCUCACUAUGGCCGACACCAUAAACUUCAUGGAUCUUUGCCCUUUCAAUACCGUCGCCUCGCCCACAGGCACAAUUUCCCCUUUUUGCAAUAUCUUCACGGCUGCCGACUGGAAAGCCUACGACUACUACCAAUCCCUUGGUAAAUACUACGGAUACUCUUGGGGCAAUCCAUUGGGCCCAACACAAGGUGUAGGGUUCACCAACGAGCUCAUCGCCCGUCUCACAAAUUCUCCCCUUCAAGACCAUACCUCUACAAACCAUACUCUGGAUGACGAUCCGGCCACAUUCCCCGUUGAUAAGUCCAUCAAACUAUAUGCAGAUUUCAGUCAUGACAACGACAUGACUGGAAUUUUCUCCGCCCUUGGUCUAUAUAAUUCCACAAGCGCAUUAUCAAACACCACGAGAGAAGAUGCUUUGCAAACAAAUGGCUAUUCGGCCAGUUGGUCAGUACCUUUUGCAGCGAGAAUGUAUGUGGAGAAGAUGACCUGUGCAGGAGAGAGUGAGGAACUAGUUAGAGUCAUCGUCAACGAUCGUGUGCUGCCUUUAGAAACUUGUGGUGGUGAUGAAUUGGGCAGAUGCGGAUUGUCAAAGUUUGUGGACAGUUUGAGCUUUGCUACUGCAGGUGGUGACUGGGGGAGCUGUUUCACUACCUGAGCUGGCUGAUGUUGUAAUUUGGAAUAAUAAAAAGCAGCGUACAAGAUAUGUUUGAGCAAAAGAUAGUAUUAGAAGAUCUUUUGGGUGGGAUUCUUAGAACGUCGAAAACCAAAUUAGUUAAUAUGAUCUUCAAAUUACCAGCAACUUGCCA